AUGUGGACACCAAACAUCUCGUUACCCCUCAGCCCGUCUGGCACUGCGGGUGGCAUUGUUGCUGGCACCCCGCGCGGAGCCACAGAGCCCGCCGUGCCAUACUUUACCAGCAGUUGUGACACAACACUGAAUGUCCGUAUUGGCGGUCUCCUGCCUGCUCCUACCAGCCCCAAUGUGGCCCCUAGCCCCAAUGUGGCCCCCAACACCAAUGUGGCUCCCAGCCCCAAUGUGGCUCCAAGCCCCAAUGUGGGCCCCAGCCCCAAUGUGGCUCCCAGCCCCAAUGUGGCUCUCAGCUCCAAUGUGGCUCCCAGCCCCAAUGUGGCUCCCAGCCCCAAUGUGACUCCCAGCCCCAAUGUGGCCCCCAGCCCCAAUGUGGCCCCCAAACCCAAUGUGGCUCUCAGCCCCAAUGUGGUUCCCAGCCUUAAUGUGGCCCCCAGUCCCAAUGUGGCGCCCAGCCCGAAUGUGGCCCCCAGCCCAAAUGUGGCCCCCAGCCCCAAUGUGGCCCCCAGCACCAAUGUGGCUCUCAGCCCCAAUGUGGCUCCCAGCUACAAUGUGGUCCCAGCCCCAAUGUGGCCCCCAAUCCCAAUGUGGUUCCCAGCCCCAAUGUGGCUCCCAGCCCCAAUGUGGCUCUCAACCUCAAUGUGGCUCCCAGCCCAAAUGUGGCUCCCAGCCCGAAUGUUGCUCCCAGCCCCAAAGUGGCCCCAGCCCCAAUGUGGCCCCCAGUCCCAAUGUGGCCCCCAGCCCAAAUGUGGACCCCAGCCCCAAUAUGGCUCUCAGCCCCAAUGUGGCCCCAGUCCCAAUGUGGCCCCCAGCCCAAAUGUGGCCUCCAGCCCCAAUGUGGCUCUCAGCCCCAAUGUCGCUCCCAGCCCCAAUGUGGCCCCCAACCCCAAUGUGGCUCCCAAACCCAAUGUGGCUCCCAGCCCCAAUGUGGCCUCCAACUCCAAUGUGGCUCCCAGCCCCAAUGUGGCUCUCAGCCCCAAUGUGGCUCCCAGCCAGAAUGAGGCCCCCAGCCCCAAUGUGGCUCCCAGCCUAAAUGUGGCCCCCAGCCCCAAUGUGGCUCUCAGCCCCAAUGUGGCUCCCAGCCCCAAUGAGGCCCCCAGCCCCAAUGUGGCUCCUAGCCCCAAUGUGACUCCCAGCCACAAUGUGGCUCCCAGCUCCAAUGUGGCCCCCAGCCCCAAUGUGGCUCUCAGUCCCAAUGUGGCUAUCAGCCUCAAUGUGGCUCCCAGCCCCAAUGUGGUCCCCAGCACCAAUAUGGCUCCCAGCUCCAAUGUGGCUAUCAGCCCCAAUGUGGUCCCCAGCCCCAAUGUGGCCCCCAGCCCCAAUGUGGCCCCCAGCCCCAAUGUGGCCCCCAGCUACAAUGUGGCCCCCAGCUCAAAUGUGGCCCCCAACCCCAAUGUGGCCCCCAGCCCCAAUGCGGCCCCCAGCCACAAUGUGGCUCCCAGCCCCAAUGAGGCUCUCAGCCCCAAUGUUACCCCAGCCCUAAUAUGGUCCCCAGCCCCAAUGUGGCCCCCAGCUUCAAUGUGGUCCCCACCCCCAAUGUGUCCCCCAGCCCUAAUAUGGAUCUUAGCCCCAAUCCCCAAUGUGGCACUUAGCCUCAAUGUGGCUCCCAGCUCAAAUGUGGCCCCCAGCCCCAAUGUGACUCCCAGCCCCAAUGUGGCCCCUAGUCCCAAUGUGGCCCCCAGUCCCAAUGUGGCCCCCAGCCCAAAUGUGGCCCCCAGCCCCAAUGUGGCUCUCAGCCCCAACGUGGCCCCCAGCCCCAAUGUGGCCCCUAGUCCCAAUGUGGCUCCCAGCCCCAAUGUGGCUCCCAGACCCAAUGUGGCUCCCAGCCCAUUGUGGCCUCCAACUCCAAUGUGGCUCCUAGCCCCAAUGUGGCUCUCAGCCCCAAUGUGGCUCCCAGCCCCCAAUGAGGCCCCCAGCCCCAAUGUGACUCCCAGCCACAAUGUCGCUCCCAACACCAAUGUGGCCCCCAGCCCCAAUGUGGCUCUCAGUCCCAAUGUGGCUAUCAGCCUCAAUGUGGCUCCCAGCCCCAAUGUGGUCCCCAGCACCAAUAUGGCUCCCAGCUCCAAUGUGGCUAUCAGCCCCAAUGUAGCCCCCAGCCCCAAUGUGGCCCCCAGCCCCAAUGUGGCCCCCAGCCCCAAUAUGGUCCCCAGCUACAAUCCCAAAUGUGGCCCCCAACCCCAAUGUGGCUCCCAGCCCGAAUGUGGCUCUCAGCUCCAAUGUGGUCCCCAACACCAAUGUGGCUCCCAGCCCCAAUGUGGCUCCCAGCCCCAAUGUGACUUUCAGCCCCAAUGUGGCCCCUGUCCCAAUGUGGCCCCCAGCCCAAAUGUGGCCCCCAGCCCCAAUGUGGCUCUCAGCCCCAACGUGGCCCCCAGCACCAAUGUGGCCCCUAGUCCCAAUAUGGCCCCCAGCCCAAAUGUGGCCCCCAGCCCCAAUGUGGCUCUCAGCCCCAAUGUGGCUCCAUGCCCCAAUGUGGCCCCCAGCCCCAAUGUGGCUCCCAGACCCAAUGUGGCUCCCAGCCCCAAUGUGGCCUCCAACUCCAAUGUGGCCCCCAGCCCCAAUAUGGCUCUCAGCCCCAAUGUGGCUCCCAGCCCCAAUGAGGGCCCCAGCCCCAAUGUGACUCCCAGCCACAAUGUGGCCCCCAGCCCCAAUGUGGCUCUCAGUCCCAAUGUGGCUACCAGCCUCAAUGUGGCUCCCAGCCCCAAUGUGACUCCCAGCCCCAAUGUGGCUCUCAGUCCCAAUGUGGCUAUCAGCCUCAAUGUGGCUCCCAGCCCCAAUGUGGUCCCCAGUACCAAUAUGGCUCCCAGCUCCAAUGCGACUCCCAGCCACAAUAUGGCUCCCAGCUCCAAUGUGGCCCACAGCCCCAAUGUGGCUCUCAGUCCCAAUGUGGCUAUCAGCAAUGUGGCCCCCAGCCCCAAUGUGGCCCCCAGCCCCAAUAUGGCCCCCAGCCCCAAUGUGGCUCCCAGCCACAAUGUGGCCCCCAGCCACAAUGUGGCUCCCAGCCCCAAUGAGGCUCUCAGCCCCAAUGUUACCACCAGCCCUAAUGUGGUCCCCAGCCCCAAUGUGGCCCCCAGCCCCAAUGUGGUCCCCAGCCCCAAUGUGGCCCCAAGCCCUAAUAUGGCUCUCAGCCCCAAUGUGGCUCCCAGCCCCAAUGAGGCCCCCAGCCCCAAUGUGACUCCCAGCCACAAUGUGGCUCCCAGCCCCAAUGUGCCCCCAGCCCCAAUCCCCAAUGUUGCUCCAAGCCCCAAUGUGGCUCCCAGCCCCAAUGUGGUCCCCAGCCCCAAUGUGGCCCCCAGUCCCAAUGUUGCUCCCAGCCCCAAUGUGGCUCCCAGCCCCAAUGUUGCUCCCAGCCCCAAUGUGGCUCUCAGUCCCAAUGUGGCUAUCAGCAAUGUGGCCCCCAGCCCCAAUGUGGCCCCCAGCCCCAAUAUGGCCCCCAGCCCCAAUGUGGCUCCCAGCCACAAUGUGGCCCCCAGCCACAAUGUGGCUCCCAGCCCCAAUGAGGCUCUCAGCCCCAAUGUUACCACCAGCCCUAAUGUGGUCCCCAGCCCCAAUGUGGCCCCCAGCCCCAAUGUGGUCCCCAGCCCCAAUGUGGCCCCAAGCCCUAAUAUGGCUCUCAGCCCCAAUGUGGCUCCCAGCCCCAAUGAGGCCCCCAGCCCCAAUGUGACUCCCAGCCACAAUGUGGCUCCCAGCCCCAAUGUGCCCCCAGCCCCAAUCCCUAAUGUUGCUCCCAGCCCCAAUGUGGCUCCCAGCCCCAAUGUGGCUCUCAGCCCCAAUGUUGCUCCCAGCCCCAAUGUGGCUCCCAGCCCCAAUGUGGCCCCCAGCCCCAAUGUGGCCCCCAGCCCCAAUGUGGCUCUCAGCCCAAAUGUGACCUGCAGCCCCAAUGUUGCUCCCAGCCCCAAUGUGGCUCCCAGCCCCAAUGUGGUCCCUAGCCCCAAUGUGGCCCCCAGUCCCAAUGUUGCUCCCAGCCCCAAUGUGGCCCCCAGCCCCAAUGUGGCUCCCAGCCCCAAUGUGGCUCUCAGCCCCAAUGUGGCUCUCAGUGCCACUGUGGCUCUCAGCCCCAAUGUUGCUCCCAGCCCCAAUGUGGCUCCCAGCCCCAAUGUGGCCCCCAGCCCCAAUGAGGCCCCCAGCCCCAAUGUAGCUCUCAGCCCCAAUGUGGCUCCCAGCCCCAAUGUAGCCCCCAGCCUCAAUUUGGCUCCCAGCCCCAAUGUGGCCCACAGCCCCAAUGUGGCCCACAGCUCCAAUGUGGCCCCCAGCCCCAAUGUGGCUCCCAGCCACAUUGGGGCUGGGAGCGGCUAG